UGGGCUUACAUUUGAUAUGGCAUAAAAUAAAUGCAUCGAACCGUAAUAUAAUGGCUAAGUAGUAGUAGUAUAAGUAGUAGUCCUUAGUUUAUUUUCAUGCAGACUUGUGAAUGGCAUUCUGAAACCUACUUUGGUGGCGUUGUGUCCACAUUAACUAUGAAUCAAUCGAAAACCGCAUUCCAUUAGUUACACCAUCGUGAUAAUUCUGUGGUAGGCGUUGAGUGAUGGGUUCACAAACAGGUUUGUUCGUGGAGAACCAGUCUACGUCACUGGAGAAGUUAGAUGCUGCCUAUGAAGGGGAGGUUCCUUUAGAGAAGCGAUUGCAGCAUGUUAUAAACUGGAAGGCUGUUUUCUCGGACCAAAUUCUAUCCGCAUUCCAACUCAGACUUAACAUGUGUAUAUUUUAAGCAACGACGAAUCGACCAGGACUAGAUCCGAGGUGCGUGUACUGAAGCGUGACGACUUAGUGAGUGGAAGAGGAUCUGACACUAUCCAGUGAGGACCGCAUCACCUGCAGUCAUGCAUUCCGGCGAGUCGUGUUGUUGAGGUUGGAUGUUUGCUGGAAUUCAAGAAACCGUAGAGUCUACUUCAUCAACACUUAUAGCAGAAAAGGUGUGAACUCAAGGGCGCGAAGAAAGCCUAGAGGGAUCCAUUGAAACACCUAAGAUGUUUUGAAGGUUCAAGAUUGAUGGGUGCUAAGUUUGGAGAUCUUUAAAGUCCACCAAAGAUCAACGGGAGUCGGAACAAGCGGCGUCAGCAUGGCGUUCAAACAUGAGAAUGUUGCAGACCUUUAUGAUAUCGGCGUUGUUCUUGGCAGCGGACACUUUGGGCAGGUGCGACAGGUGACCGAGCGGUCCACAGGAGCCCAGUGGGCCGGGAAGUUCAUCAAGACCCGCAAGAGCGCGGGCAGCCGGCUGGGCGUGGAGCGGAGCGCGGUGGAGCGCGAGGUGGAGCUGCUGCAGGCCCUGACGCACCCCAGCAUCAUGGCCCUCAAGGACGUGUUCGAGUGCCGCGCCGAGAUGGUGCUCAUCGUGGAGCUCAUCAGUGGCGGGGAGCUUUUCGACUUCAUCGCCGCCAAGGACAACGUGACGGAGAGCGAGGCCAUUGCCUUCCUGAAGCAGAUCCUGGAGGGGGUGGGCUUCAUGCACAGCAAACACAUCGCUCACUUUGACCUCAAGCCGGAGAACAUUAUGCUGUCAGACAAAGAUGUUGCAAACCCAACUAUCAAGCUCAUUGAUUUUGGAUUGGCCCACCAGUUCAAGCAAGGAGAGGAGUACAAGAGUAUGUGUGGAACCCCACAAUACAUUCCGCCCGAGGUGAUAAACUACAGUCCUCUGAGCACAGCGACGGACAUGUGGAGCAUUGGCGUGAUUACUUACAUACUAUUAAGUGGUCUGUCACCAUUUCAAGAUAACACAGAUGAGGAGACUCUGAAGAACAUCAUCGCCAUGAAGUUUGAGUUUCCCGAGCACGUUUUCAGCAUGACGAGUGAAUCGGCCAAAGAUUUCAUCAAGAAACUUUUGGUAAUGGAUCCAAUUGAAAGAAUGACAGCUGAAGAAUGUCUAAUUCAUCAGUGGAUUAAGCCUAUGACACGAAAGCAGAUGGCUAAUAGAAAUCGUUCCUCGAUAAACAUGAAGAAUUUCAAGAAGUUCAACGCCAAGAGGAAAUGGAAAAUGUCGUUCAACAUGGUGUGGAUGUGCAACCGUUUUAUGCGCUUGCAACUUCUAAGUUCAGCGGCAAAUGCAGAACUGAGGGACUGUGAGAGUGACUCUGAAGACACAGAGAGCAAGCCAGCCUCUCUCAUGCGUCGCAGGCUCAGUAGCAGUUCAUAAUGCUGAUGAGAACCGCUUGGAGUUGCCCAUGUAUAGCGAUGGUUACACUGCAGUGAGAAAAUACAGCAUUUCUUCCAUGUGCUCACAAUGCUUUGAAAGAUGCUAAAUUCAACAAUGAGUCAAAUAUUGAGUUCUGGCAACUGCUGGAACUUGGAUUUUUAUGGACUUUUUUUAUUUCUUGGAUUAUGCCAUUAAUUGUAUUAACACAGACAAACCUUGAUGAUGGUUGGCAUAAUGCAAUUGUGGGUUUAUAGGAAUGGACGUUGAGUGGGUAUGCUGCAAAUAAAGGCUAGGGUUUGGAUUUUUUUUGGUAACAUCGUUACUCAAAUGUACUAGACUUGGAGUGUGGCCAGGGGACGAUAUCCACCCAGAGUUUACAAAAGCUCCCAUCAGCAGAGCACAACUGAAGAUAGUGAAACAGUUAACUGGGUCUGGGGUGGGCUCAUCAGAAGGUUUAGUGACUAAAGAACAACAAAUGUUUACAAGGUGCAAGCAGCAUUAUUUUACUUGAAUGGGAUGUGAACUGAUCUGCAUCAAUGUUCAGAUAACGGUUACCUUGCUACAUUUUUAUAUAAAAUUAUAGAAAAUGCAUGAUUUACUGUUACAUCACCUUGCCAUUUGGUCGAAUAAGCAGGAUAAAGUUGAGCUCCAGAUGAGGAAUUAUAUUUGUUUUAUCCCAGUUUGUAAUCAAAAAUAAGAAAAUGGUAACCAAAAAAACAAUAAAAAAUAUAUUCACCAUGCACUCAACUCCGGUUUUAACUUCUAGCUUUCAGAACACAAACUUCAGUAUACUGUCCGUCCCUGACCUUUUGGCAUAUCGUUCGGCAAAACCAAAUGCCCAACAACAAUUCAUAUUUAGUGUCCUUUUCUACACAUCUACCAAUGGUCCUGAGUCUAUUGGUGUCCCACAGGUGAGUCAAACAAAAUCACCUAUGCACAGGCAAAAUAAAUAAAUUAUUAAUUUCAGACAAAUGCUUUAAUAAUUUAAUAAACAUAAGUCACAAUCCCAAUAACCAUAGUAAUAAAAAAAAAAAAAAGAUUUAAUUAGUUGCAAGAAACCAAACUCAUUGUAGCGCACCCCUUCAAUUUGAAUCACUCGGUGACGUCUUCGCUCUAUAUGCGAAAAUAUCGGGCGCUGCUUCCUACAAAGUGCAUUCAUGAAACCGAGCAACCAGGUAAUGUCUGCCAGUAAAUUGCGAUUAUAAAAGGUUUGAACAUUAUAUCUGUCAAGCUAUCGUUUAUAAUUAUUUGACCGGAAGUAAGUCAUUGUUCUGCAGAUGGUACCAAUGUCAAGAUGAAAAGUAGCAAAGAGUCUGUGUUUCCCUCUUGGUCACAUCCCUCCCAUCCCCAUCCCCAACCCCCAAAGCACUCAACAGGGCAGUCUGGGGAUAGUAUCGGCUAGUCUUUACCUCACAAAUCCCCAACAUACUGAUCAUUUUGGGGAAGGCCCUUAAUGACCUGCCCAGGCUACAGAAUGGCUUAAAUAAAGGACUGUGGCUUUCACGAUGGGGACCUGGCAGUUAGAUGGAACAAUGGCUCCCUCUUCAUUACAAACCUUUCCUGGCCUCUAACCUCUUCUAUCUUUGCCGAGAGACACCUAAAGCCGACAUGCUUAAGGGAUCUAUCCUGAUUCUGA